AUGGCCGACGAAACCGGUUUCACCGAGGAUGUCCCCAUCACUUUCACCGUCAAGUCCUCUACCGACUCCAAGUUUACCCUCACUCUUCCUCUUUCUACUUCAGUGUUAGACUUGAAGCAGAAGCUCUCCACUGCAGAGUAUGCCGAUACACCGGCUGAUCGUCAGCGCCUGAUCUACUCCGGUCGAGUUUUGAAAGACAAUGAGACUCUGGAGAGUUAUAAGAUUAAGGAUGGGCAUACUAUUCAUCUAGUGAAGAGUGCUGCGAGCAACCAACAACGAUCCAACCCAUCCGGCCAGUCCUCUGCGACAACCUCAGCCGGUGCCACCCCGAGUCAGCCCGCAGCUGCUGCGGCUGGUGUCCCUACCAACCUUGCUGCCGGUACUGGCAACAACCCUCUGGCUGGACUGACUGGAGCUCGGUAUGCUGGAUUUGCCCAACUGCCUGGCGCGGGUCUUUUCGGCCCUGAUGGCGGAAUGGGACCACCACCGGAUACUGAUUCCAUGCUGAACAUGCUCGAGAAUCCCCAAUUCCAAUCAACUCUCAACGAAGCUCUCCAAAACCCGGCCAUGAUCGACAUGAUGAUUCAACAAAACCCAAUGCUGCGCGAUAUGGGCCCUGGAGUUCGACAGAUGAUGCAAAGCCCUGAAUUUCGCCGCAUGUUAACAGACCCCAGCUCCCUUCGUAAUAUGAUGCAGAUGCAGCGCGCAAUGGGCAUGGGCGGAGGCGGCCUGGGUGGUGAAAACGCCUUUCCUGCUCCAGGAGUAACCAACACCACUCCCACUGAGAACCAGAAUGCCCAGCAACAGACUCCACCGGUAAACCCAUUUGCGCAAUUGGGACAGAAUCCUUUGGGAUUGGGAAACCCGUUUGCUUCACUAUUCGGGGGCAAUGCAGGAGCCAAUCCUUUUGCUCCUCCUCCUCAACCGUCUACCACAGCCAAUAACGAGACUGAGCCUUCUCAGGGUGCCGAUAACACCACUGAUCGGUCUGCAACGGAAGGGACACAGGGUUCUCAGGCUGCUCAGAACCCAUUUGCGGCUUUGCUUAACCCGGCUCUUUUCGGAAAUGCCGGUCAAGGUCAGGGCCAGGCUGGUGUCAAUCCUUUCAACCCUGAACAAAAUCCAUUCCUUCGCGAUCCUGCUCUCAUGGCUCAGAUGAUGCAGGCGAUGGGUGGACAGGAGGGUGGUGCGCGCACAGGCGAUUUCGGUUCCCUAUUUGGUAGUCCGUUUGGUUCCCGUGCUCCCGCCGACAACCGACCCCCUGAAGAGAGAUACGCGGAACAGCUUCGCCAAUUGAACGACAUGGGAUUCUACGAGUUCGAGCGAAAUAUUGAAGCUUUGCGGCGAACCGGUGGCAGUGUGCAAGGAGCGGUAGAAUAUCUCUUGAGCCACCCGUCAUAA